AUGUCGUCACAGACCGAUGACAAUAAGGAUGGGAAUGGCAAGAAUGGCAUCUUGAGCUGGGCGGACAAGUCUGGUGAAUUCAAGCGUCAGACGUCGUCGUUCAGGAACUUCAUCUCGAAGAAGCCUGGCGCUGAGUUCCCAGCUGAGAAGGAUCGUUAUCAUCUCUAUGUCUCCUACGCUUGCCCAUGGGCCCACCGUGCCCUCAUCGUCCGCAAGCUGAAAGGUCUCGAAGAGUUCCUCCCCUUCACCUCCGUACACUGGCACAUGGGCGAAAAAGGCUGGCGCUUCGCCACUCCCGACGAGAAGAAUCUCCCCGGCGAGAACACUGUUCCCGACCCUCUGCACCCGGAGUUCAAGCACAUUCGGGAGCUGUACUUCGAGAGCGACCCGAACUACGACCAGCGAUUCACGGUGCCCGCUUUGUAUGACAAGAAGCAGAAGAAGAUUGUCAGCAAUGAGAGCAGCGAGAUUAUCCGGAUGUUGUAUACCGAGUUUGACGACUUGUUGCCGGAGAAGUAUAAGACUUUGGACCUCUUGCCGGCGGAUCUGAAGGAUCAGAUUGAGGAGACCAAUGACUGGACUUAUAAUGAUAUCAACAAUGGAGUGUACAAGAGUGGAUUUGCUACCUCCCAGGAAGCCUACGAGAAGGCGGUGACGACGCUCUUCAAGUCUCUCGAUCGUGCUGAGGAGCACUUGGCCAACAACCCUGGCCCUUACUACCACGGCGAGAGAGUCACCGAAGCAGAUGUCCGCCUGUUCACUACCAUCGUCCGCUUCGACGCCGUCUACGUCCAGCACUUCAAGUGCAACCUGCGUGACAUUCGCAGUGGAUACCCAGCACUUCACAAAUGGGUUCGCCACUGCUACUGGAACAACGAGGCUUUCGGCAAGACGACCGACUUCACUCACAUCAAGGGUCACUACACUCAGAGCCACAAGCAGAUCAACCCAUACGGCAUUACGCCGUUGGGUCCGGAGCCCGCAAUUCUGCCAUUGGAAGAGGAGGUUGCUGCUGCCAAGGCGAAGAAGUAG